UUUGCUGGGCGCUUCCGGUGACGUAGUUCCUGGUGGGUGACCCCUGUGUGUGCCGCACGUUGGAAGUCAUGUCACCGUCGGACGUUCCCCUGGAAAUCGCGCUUAGCGCGGCUAGGAACCCAGAGAUUGAGGAUGAGGAAGAUGAUGAUGACAAUGAUGAGCUGGAUGAGACUUUAUCAGAAAGACUUUGGGGGUUGACGGAAAUGUUUCCUGGCCGUGUGCGUACUGCUGCUGGUGUAACCCUUGACGUCUCCAUUUGUGCAGCCAAGAAGCUUUAUAGUUUUUCACGGUCAGCACUGUGGAUAGGAACCACCUCGUUCAUGAUUCUGGUAUUGCCUGUAGUGUUUGAGACAGAAAAAUUGCAGAUGGAGCAACAGCAGCAACUACAACAGAGACAGAUACUUCUAGGCCCAUCUACAGGAAUGUCUGGUUCUCUCCCUCCUCUCCCUGGAAAAGUAUAAUUUCAACUUAGUCCUUGAAAAAUGUUUGAUUCUAUUGACUGGGGAACAGGGAGUUAAAAGACCAAUGCUUUCUCGGCCAUCUGCCUCCUUCAGUGCUCUGCAUGGAACAUUUGCUCUACCACUAGUAUGCAAUACUAUCAUCUGCAGACAAGGGAGCUUGAGCAGCGCCUGGUUUUUCUGGUAUGAGUGGGAAAAAUUCUAAAAAGAUUCCUGUGGACAGUUCAUCUUUUACACAUCAGCCAAUCAUUCCACAACCGCAUUGGGACAGACUUGAUUAUGUGUGCUGAUACUGACCUGAUGUCCUUGUAAAAAUCUGUACAAUGUAUGUGGAUUAUAUGCAGGUGUGUUUUCAAGGUUUAAAUAAAUGUUUUAGCCCCCCUAAUAGCACAUAGUACUGACUGUAACGAUAUUUGAAUCAGAUUAUAUGUGCCUCCAGAAUUCUAGACAUGACUUGCAGUGCAUUUUCUAUGCUUGCCACUCUGGAGAGAGAACAUCACAAUUUACACAUAGUCUUUGUAAGGAAAAGUCUCCAUAUAAUAUGUCAAUUAUGAACAAUUUUAAUUUUUGUAUUUGUAAAAUUUCUGUUUACUGAUUAUAAGGCCACUAAAUUCCUGCCUACAGUUUGGCACAUGGGAAAAAAGCCUGAAUAAUCUCCCAUCCAAAAAAAACUGCAGCACACUGUUCACUUACUCUCUGCAAGAAUGUCAUCAUGGUAUUGCCACUGUUUGACCCAGACAAGGUCCAUUUAUUUACUGUUUUUUAUUUAUAUAUCUGUAGAGACUCCAUCAAUCUGCAAGACUUUUAAAGCCUGAAGUGAUUACUUACUGUAGUUAAAUAGUUUAAGAUCUUUUGUGUUUUCUAUUUUAUUUUCAAAACAUAAAACUACAAUGAACAAAGGUA